CCGAGCGUGGAAGGAGAUAAAUACCGCCCAGUUACAGUCUGCAGUUUGUCGAGAGUACAGUGAGACGAAUCUGUUUCCAUUUGAGGAAAUGGAAAUAGGUAGGAAGUACCUCUGGAUUGGAGGAAUGCUCCAGCUGGCAGUGGUGCUGCUCAGCUGCCAGCAGUCGACGCUGGCCAGCCCGGAUGGGAUUAAUUUCUAUAAAGAUUGGCUUCGCGGUAAGAACGAAGACGAGGAAUACGCUGCCAUGAUGAGCGCAGAGGAGCUUAGCGAGCCGAAAUUGUUCUUCUACCGAACUCCGCUAUCGGGCUUCACCGAUUUCAAUCUCAACAAUGCUUACGACAAGCGUACCUUCAACAAGUACAAAAAUAUGAUGCUCAACAAAGACGCCCCCGAAGUGCUGACCGAAGACCGCGAAGAACCAAGUAAGGGAACAUCACGCAUCUUUUUCUCGCGGAUCACCCCGAAACGAGAUCCGGGAGCGAUCCUCAGCUGGGCCAUCCCCGCCGCCAAUAGGGUACGUGUCAUCAACACUAACUAUCGGCCUCCAGGAAUCAACCGCCCGGCAGCUUAAACGACCCGCUCCACCGUUCGUGAAUCCUCCACAGUACCCCACCAUUUCUACAACCACCGCGGAUGAUCUACACUUGACCAAACAGUAAACAAACA